AACGCCGCUCGAUUUCCGUUAGGCGCCUGCGCGUUUAAAAGUCUGAAAUCUAACAAACCCACCCCAAAACUCUGGAGAUAACUCUGCUUUUAGCCAGCUGAAGCUGCAGAUUUUGCACAAAUAGUUAAUAAAGAACAGAGAGCUAGUCAUGUCUAACUAUCCCAGUGCUUCCGCAUCCCAGUCUACAGGAACCUCUGACCUGGACACGGAGUCCGUGGAAGUUCUGCGGGAGCGUCUAAGCACCAUGAAGCGUCUCAUGGCCGAGCGGACGUCCCAGCAGCAAAACAACCCCGCCACCACGGAGGAGAUCUUCUCCACCAAACGCCACCGCUCGGCGGGCAUCAUCGAUGGAAACUUCCUGAGCAUCGCGUUCGGAGGAGCUCUGCUGGUGAUCAUCACGGUUUCGGUGUACGCGUUCUACAAUCUCUACCAUGCCAUACUCAAGAAGUUCCCUUCGCGCCACGAGGAGCUGUAAACAAUGCCAAGUUCGAUGCGGGCUUACACAUAUGUACGAGUUUCUGCAUUUAAUAAUAAAUUGUAGCAUGAAUUUUACUAUUGAGAAGUGAAAAACCUUGGAACGUCUGCUGUUUUGCAUUCGGGUUAAUCAACGCCAUUUAUUGGAGUUCAACUCAUUACAAAAAUCAAUAAUUUUACCUUCGCUUUACUUUUUACACAUCCAUUGUUUGGUUCGAAUUAGACUACAACGAAACAGGGUAAACUGAAUGCAUGGACAGCAAAAACAAAAGGGGCGUUUGGAAUAUGAUUUGAUUUGGAUAUUGCUAAAUGAAAAACCAUCAAAAUAUAAGGCAGGUGUAUAAUAAAAAAUAAAAAC